CCAUCGCCCCUCUGUAUAUUUCUUUCUCUGUCUUAUUAACUUCUGUCGGAAACCGUUCGUCGGCAUUUCAGUUGCAGUCGUGUCCAGGCCUUGUGUUCCACGCCUCGUCUGAUUUCGUCACCAAAUUCCCGUCUCUCCGUCGGUGAUUUUAUCGAAGGCGAAUUUGGAUUCUUUCUCCCCCUCUGCUCCGUGCUGCGAUCGGGAGGUCUAAUCGAAGGGAUUUGGCGAUGAAAGAGAACGCGAAAGAAGGGAUGGGCCAAGUGCUUCUCGAAAUCGAGCCUCGGGAACUGAAGUUUACCUUUGAGUUGAAGAAACAGAGUUCAUGCUCCAUUCAUCUUGUCAAUAAAUCUAGUGAUUAUGUUGCCUUCAAGGUUAAAACUACAUCACCCAAGAGAUAUUGUGUGCGACCAAACACAGGUGUCAUUCUACCAAGAUCAACAUGUGAUUUUACAGUGACCAUGCAAGCUCAAAAGCUAGCUCCACCUGAUAUGCAGUUAAGAGAUAAGUUCCUAAUUCAGGGUACAGUUGUUCCAUAUGGUACUACAGAUGAGGAUAUUGUACCUAGCUUUUUUUCUAAAGAAAAUGGCAGAUAUAUUGAAGAGAACAAAUUGAGAGUCGUACUUGUUAGCCCACCUCAUUCUCCAGUACUGCAACCAAUUAAUGGAGCUUUAAAGCAGGAGCCAGUUUACGAAGCACCUAAUUUGAAAGGAACUCCUGUUUCAAAUGAUCCAGAAGUGAAUGAAGUCAAGAAUCUUCCCGUAUUUCAUGUCUCCAAGGAAGUUGAGGAUCUAAAGUUAAAGCUGAACGAUCUCGAAGUGAAACUAAAUGAGGCUGAAAAUACAGUCACAAGGCUGAAAGAAGAGAAUGGUGUAGCAAUUCAAGAGAGGGAUAAGCUGCAACAAGAAAUAGUAUUGCUGAGAAGGAAGUGCACGGCACGGGUUCAGGUUGGUUUUCCGAUUUUGUUUGUGGUUUUCAUGACAAUAGUUGGUGUGGCACUUGGAUACCUGUUGCACCCAUGAGAGAGAGAAUGGAAGGCAAAGCCAGAACAGCUGCUCUGGAGUUGGAUGCUACGGUCUGUGACAUAAACUGCAGUAGAAAACAACCGUCCCAAUUAUAAAGAUCAUGUACAUCUCUCUAUUCUGAAGGUCUUGCUUCAGACCAAAUCUAUUAGGUGUAUGCAUGUAAAGGACAGUUUUUUUACUUUAUUUGAGAUGCUCUCAUCUUGCAGACUUACUUUGAUUUUUGUUUCCCCCCUCAUAAUAAUAAAACAUGUUGGUGAUUUUGUAUA